CUGGCGUGAUGCCCUAUGGGUAACUUCUUGCGUCAUGACAGUCACUCGGUCUACAUCGAGAAAAUGACUACACUCGUAUUAGCAGGGCUUGGAGUCGCUGGAGCGGCGAUAGCAGGCCGUUUUGCCAUGCAGGCGUUAAGAAAAGUUAACUUAAAUGAGAUACCUAAGAUUAUCCCUAAGAUACCGGAGUUUAGUCAUUAUUACAGAGGAGGAUUUGAACCUAAAAUGACCAAAAGAGAAGCUGGUUUAGUUCUGGGAAUUAGUCCUUCAGCAAGCAAGCCCAAAGUCAGAGAGGCACAUAGAAGAAUAAUGUUGAUAAAUCACCCUGACAGAGGAGGCUCCCCAUAUCUUGCUGCAAAAAUUAAUGAAGCAAAAGAUCUUCUUGAUGGAAAUGGCAAGUGAUAGCAACAGCCUCAUAUGAUAGAGUUAGAACUUUCAACUAGAGCUAGAAAAGAUGACCCGAGGACAGUGUUGCAAAAAGUCUUCAAUCAAGACCUCAUGUAAUACUCCAAAUGACAGACUCUUGGAGACAACAACCAAAAGCAAAUAGAAAUUUGAAUAACUUUAACUUUGUCAAGAAUUCCUGAAGGGUCAACCUUGACCCAAGUCCCAGCAGCAUUAUUAAACAUGUAGUUAAGAAUCUCAUAGAGCACUAGACUGCAUUGUUUUGUCAAGAACAAAACUUCCAAGACAUAUUCUCCAAUAGAUAACAGAAAAGGUAAUGCAGCAUGCCAAUUGUUAAUAUUUUUUUGGAAAUUGAGAAUUUCACAAAGGAGCAGUAAAACAGAGAUGAUAAAAUACUGUCCAAAAUUACCACUUUAGCAAAAUGAACACUGUAUUGUAAAUGAAGGUUUUAUUCAUAUAUCAUAUA